GACGAUUACGGAAGUGUGUGAGGAUAACACUACCGGUGAGAAACUCCACACUUGAAGGAUGGCUGCUUCAGGGAAACUGGCAUCUUUCCGCCUCCCACCUUUACCUACUGUGAGUGAGCUGAUAAAGCUGUACAACCUGCGAGCAGAGAAACAACUCUCUCAGAACUUUCUACUGGAUUUGAGGCUCACAGACAAAAUAGUCCGUCAAGCAGGCAAUUUGAAGAAUGCCCAUGUUUGUGAAGUAGGUCCGGGUCCUGGAGGCCUGACUCGUUCCAUCCUUAAUGCUGGAGCAGCGGACUUGCUGGUAGUGGAGAAGGAUACACGCUUCAUCCCCGGGCUAAAGUUGUUGUCUGAAGCAGCACCAGGAAAAUUAAGGAUUGUCCAUGGUGACAUACUGACCUACAGAAUGGACAGAGGAUUUCCAAGAACUGUCUCCAAACCAUGGGAGGAAGAUCCUCCAAAUGUUCACAUCAUAGGAAAUCUUCCAUUCAAUGUUUCAACACCUCUUAUGGUCAAGUGGUUGGAGAACAUAGCCAACAGAACUGGACCCUUUGUCUAUGGACGCACACGACUCACACUCACUUUCCAGAAGGAAGUGGCAGAGCGGUUAACAGCCAGCACCGGCAGCAGACAGAGGAGCCGUUUGUCCAUCAUGGCUCAGUAUCUCUGCACAGUCCACAACUGCUUCACCAUCCCUGGACGAGCCUUUGUCCCCAAACCAGAGGUGGACGUCGGAGUGGUCCACUUCACCCCUUUGAUUCAGCCUCAAAUCCAGCAGCCCUUCAAGAUGGUGGAGAAGGUCGUCAGGAAUAUUUUCCAGUUCCGCAGGAAGUACUGCUAUAAAGGAGUAGAAAAGUUGUUCCCCGAGGCCCGUCGUGCUGAGCUGACAGAGGAAAUGAUGCAGAAGGCUGAUGUGGACCCCACUCUUCGCCCCACAGAGCUCACCAUUCCACAGUUCAGGGCGUUGAGCGAUGCCUACGCUCAUCUGUGCAACCGCGAUCCCGAUCUACUCAGCUACGAACACAGAGAGGAGCUCAGGCUCAGUCACCUCGCUAGACCAAAUGGUAACACACCACACUCAUAGCAACCCAGUGUGUGUGUUUUUUCACCUUGGCCGAAAAAAGCACAGAAACCCACUAAUAGCCUCUGUUAGCAGAGAGAGACAACAGACUGCUCUUAGCUUUGACAUUUUCCACCUGGCAUAAGCAUGCAUUUUUAAAGCGUUUUUCCCUCUCACCCGGGGAGAAAUAGGUAACGCGGUAUACAUGAAAUCCCGGGACAGAUAAAGGAUCUUCAGUAGUGUGGGUUUGAUCCGCUCCAGGACCUUUUAGCAAAAAGACACAAUAGAAGUUGUGUGCUUGUGAAAGAAUGAAUAAAACGCAUGAAUCACCCACAGAAACUGUUAAAGAGAGAGAACUGUUGAAUAAUACCUCAGCAUAUAGUACAUCCUCUAUGUCCCAAUUUUUACUCUAGAUCCAAUUCAAAUAGCACUUUGUCUUGUGGGAUCUGAAAGAACUGUCAGGGUAUAUUCAGGGUGAUUUGGCCAACAGGAAUAGCAUGGCAGAACUGCAUCCAGACCAUUUUUUCUCUCUACUUUGUAAUGCUUAUUCACUUGGGAAACAGUUUAAAAGAAGAGGAGGAAGGAAAAUGGUGGGAAUUUUUCUGCUCAAAAAAAUACCGCAAUUGGAAUUCACUAGUGAUACAUUUUGUUACCUUUACUUUGUGUUUUUCGUGUCUAUAUUUUUUAUAAUAUUUAUACACUUGAUACAGAAUAUCAUUGUUUGUCCAAUCGAUUGAAUUUUUUUAAGUGUAAAUAUUAUUGCUGGUGCUUGUCUUACAUUGUACAGUAUGGAAAGUGAAGUAUUAUUUUAAAGAUACAUUACUUGGGUUUGAUAUCAAUAAAAUUGCUCUUAAAUGUGAAA